UCCCUUACCUAAAGAGAAAAACCGCCUUUCUUUUUGUUGGUAAACCAUGCCUACUUUUUUGUUCUCUCUCUUUUUUUUUAAUGAUUUGUUUAAUAUAAUUUGUUUGUUUGUAAUUUAUGAGUGUCUCUUUCGUAAGUGAGAUGAUUGAAUUUGUGGGUAACAUACAAAAGUAUUUUAAUCUAACGGAUGUCGACUAAUUAGCCGAAUUUUGUGAGUGGUUUUGUUUUCCAAAAGAAGUAUUUAUUAGUUUUUACCGUAUCUAAUUGAAAUUUAAUUAUAAAAAAUUCAAAACCUACGUUUGAACACCAAAACCCUAGUUUUACAUCGUCAAAACUCUUUUCAAUCCAUUGCAUCCUGUACCCGUGUUUCAAUCUUUCCAUGUCGUCGGAGAAGAAGGAAUCAGAAGGUAUCGCCCUUCUUUCUAUAUAUGGCGAUGAAGACGACGAUAUCGAAGAAGAUGUUGAGAGAGACAAUGGCAGCAACACGAACGAUGAUUCAGAGACCCUUAAUAAUACCAAUAUCAUUAAGGGUGCUGUUGUUAAUUUGGAUUCUGGUAAUGAUAAUACAACACCGGAUUCGAUUGGUAAUUUGACACAUCCGCCUCCUGCAGUUCAACAAGCAAUUGGUGAUAAAUUGCAAGAAAAGUUCAUUAAAUUUCUCUUAAUAAAGAAGAAAACGGGGAGAAGCUUUAAUUCUGAAUUGCGUAACAGGAAAGAUUUUCGCAACCCGGAUUUCUUGACACACGUUGUGACUUAUCAUAACAUCGAUGAGAUAGGAUCUUGCUUGAGUAAGGAUGUUUUUAACGUCCAUGGUUGUGACAAAAGUGACUUUUAUGAUGAAAUCGAGGUUGAUUUUGAUUUGAAGAGAGAAGCAAAGAGAAAAGACGAAGAGAAAAAGAAAAUCCAAAAGAUUGAUUUUCUUUUUGGGGGUGGUGGAUCAAACCCAGUCUCAGUUGCUGUUGAUAUGGCAACUCGCGAGGGUCGGCUGAAUAAGAAGUCGAAGUGGGAUAAUUGACUUUCUUGACACUACAAGAUAGGUCCUAAAAAUAUUUCUAUAUAAUUUGGGUAAAUAUUAAAAUUUAGGCAGAACAAAAUGAUAUGAAAGUGGAUUCAAAAUCAAUCAAGACCCACAUGGAUUGAAUUAGAAUAAUAAAAUACAUGAUUUUGUUUUCUUGUAAUUUUGCAAGGUAAGUUGCAUAUGUUGUUUGAGGUGAC